AUGUCAAUGGAAUAUACUGAAAUUAAACAAAUUAUUUCAGAGAAAGAUAUAUUAUAUACCAUUAAAAGUUGUUUUAUUGGAGAUUCAUCAACAAUUGAAGAUAGAAAAGUAUUGAUGUGGAAUUGUUUUUUAGCUCUAGUAUUAAAUAUUAAAGGAAAGAUUGGAAGAGUUACUCUGGAAAAUUAUGAUAAUUUUGUUAAUAGAAAUAGUAGUUAUUUUCCAUUUAAAAAUGUUACUAUUGCUGUUGUAGUGUUUAAUUCUCAAGAUGACUCAUAUAAAAAUAUAAAAAAUUGGCAUGGAGAAGUAUCAAGAUAUUGUGGAUCUUAUGAUAUUCUUCAAACAAUCAUUGUUGGAAUGUUUCCAGAUGAAACAUAUCAUCAAAAUUUACCAGAAAAUAUUCAAAUGGCGAUAUCAAGUAUUCCGAAUUCAAAGUUUUUUUAUUAUUACCCAAGUGGUACUGAUGAAUUUAGGAAAGUCUUUUUCAGUACAGUUGUCAAAAUAAGAGAAUUAUUAUUUUCAGAUGAAAAGUUAAACGAGAUUCAAAGUAUGAAACAAAAACGAACAGUCGUUCAAAAAAAAAUAAUAGCACCACAAGUAACAUCAACUAUUUCUUCUUCAAUGAAUAGAAAAUUAAAAUUAGCUUCUAGAAAUGAAGAUGAAUUGGUUAUUUUAUUAAAAGCAAUUGUUUUAGGAGAUGAAAGUGUAUCAAAUUCAUGUCAUCGUAUUACUCAACAUAUUCUUGGAUUACCAGAAGCUAUUGGAGAUGAUAUUUAUGAAUAUGUUUGGAUACCACAACAUCUAAUUCAAAAAGAAAAUAUGACAAUUAGACUUAGAAUGGAUGUUUAUAAUCAUAAUAUUCCUUCUGGGAAAUCAUAUACUCCAUAUUUUAAUACAUUGAUAUCAAUUAUUGUAUUUAGAUAUGAUGAUAAAGAAUCAUUCAAAAAUGUAGUGAAUUGGUAUCAAGAAACACAAAGAUAUUCUAAUUUACAAUCAAAUCAUUAUUUUAUUGUAGGAUGUCAAUAUAAUGAUACUGAACAAAUUAUAAAAGAUCAAGACACUGAAAAUUUAUUGAAUUAUAUUUCUAAACAAAAAGAAAUUCAAUUCUUUAAAGUUACAGGAAGUAAUUGGGAUGAUUUAACUAAUAAAUUCUUUUCUUUCGUUGAUGAUGUUUGUAGAAUUGAAUUUUCUAAAGAAUUCUUAGAGCAGUGUGCUAGUUUAACGAAAAACACAAAACAUACACUUACUUUAGAUAACACACAACAUACUAAUGAUAGAAAUAAACAAUAUCGACCAUUUAUUUUAGAUGAAGAAAAUUCAAAUAUUGAAAGAGAUGAAGAGUCAGGAUCAUUAUUAGGAAGAGAGAGAAAUGAAGAGCCAAUGGAAUUUGAAUAUUCAACUGAUUCAUGUUGUUGCAUUCUUUUUUAA